AUGGAACCUGAGGUUGGCGAAGCAGCCGCCAACACCCUGAAAUUGAGCGGCGCAAAUGUCACGGUUUCGAGCACAGUCAAGGGAGGCGCUCUGUUCCCAUUUACAGUCGAGGCCAGCGGCGAGAAGUAUGAGCUGGCUGCAACCACUCAGCAGGAUCGCCGCAGAUGGGUGGAGCAGCUCAUGCAGGCCUCUGCCAGGGGCUCUCCAGGAGCCAGCGCACUCACACUGACGGAUGCACAAGCCAACGGCCAUCUCCUGGCUCCUUCCCCACUGGGUCUGCGCAAGAGCUCCGACCAUGCAGGGCCGCAGUUCCUUGACAGCCCCCCAGCCUCGCCAUCUGCCCGCAGGCACACCACCGGACAGGAGGUAUUCACAUCGCCAUCAAAGCUGCGCCGGAUUGCUCUGGACUUCAGCAGCCCACAGCAGAGCCCACAUGGCGCGCCGCGCAACAGCAGCCCCGGCAUGCCGCGACGCAGCGGCACGCCGACUGCAGCUGGAAACCGCAGCCCCCUGCCGGACGGCCGCCUCGGCAGCGGCUCAGCCGCGGCAAUAAGCGGCGAGUCACCCGGCUGGGGCCAGAGCUUGCGCUCCCCUUCUGGGCAGCACAAGCGCUCCUCUCUCCUUGCCGCCAUCUCCUCAUCCAUAAGGAAUGUCAUCGUGCCGCCCGUGCCCUCGGACAUUGCAUCCAGCAUGUCGGAUGAAUCACACGAGUCAGGGAUGACGGCGUUCUCGGCCUACACGGCCAAUUUGCGGCCCCUCAGAGGGACGAGUACGCCCACAGCCGGCCAGGCAAAGCCGGCCUUGGGCGGCAGCCUGGCAGCGGAGUCCCUGCUGGAGCAGUUUGACCGCGCUCAGCAGUACGUGGUGCGCCACAAAGAGGACUUCUCUGCCGAGCGCCUGGAGUCUCUGCAGGGCUGGGCCGAGGCGGCCAAGAGCGGCCAGCAGGGGAGUGACGGCACCCUGGCCGCCGCAGCCAUGUACGUAGUGCAGGUCACGCAGGCAAAUGGACUCUGGGCGUCCGAGCACGACACCGCCUUCAUCAGCCCGGACGCAAUGCUGAGGGAUGUGCAGCGGUGCCCGAGCGUGCGGUGCCUGAUGGACCUAAAGGACUGCCUAGACUUCUGCUCGACCUCCUGGGUCUCCCUCUUCUGCCAGCUGGGCGGCGCUGAACUCCUGCUCCAGGCGCUGGACGCGCACGCGGAGGCCGCGGAGGAGGCCGCCGGCGGAGGGGAGGCGCGCGAGGCGCUGCUGGCGUCGCUGCAGUGCGUGCACGCGCUCAUGAGUGGCGCGGCCGGCAUGCGCGGCGUGCUCGCAGUGGACGGCUGCCUGCCGCGAGUGUGCGCGCUGCUCGCGCUCUCGCACACAGACGCUGCCAAGCUGGUCGUGGAGAUGCUCAUCAAGCUGUGCCUCUUCUCUGCCGACGGGUACCGCCUGGCCGUCAAGGCUGAAGAGAGCAUGUACACUGUCGUGCAGGGGCUUUUAGGAGAGGGUGCUACAGAGGUAGCCGCCAGCCCAGCAGAGGCGGCAGUCACUUCAGGCACAGCAUCCUCACCAGCUGCAAAAAAAGCGCCGCCCUCUGCACCGGUCCCUCCGCCGCCGCCGCCGCCUCCACGUCCUGCCAAAGCCGCUCCCAAGGCACCGCCACCGCCGCCCGCGCCGCCCCCGCCACCUCUCAGGCAGCCCAGCCGUCCCGCACAGAGCCCCGGUGCUACCACAGUAGAGCCUACCAAGAAACCAUUGCAGGCCAGGGAGGAAGUCAGCCGGCCGCCAGAGCAGGAUGAGAUUGCGCAGAUCCAUGCAGCUAGCGAGCAUGCUCCGCUGCAAUUGAUUCAGCAGCCAUCCAGAAGUGCAAAUGGGCCUAGCAGUGGUGGGCCAGAGAGCGUGGGAGCAUUUGGGGAGGGCAAGAGCACUCUGCUGGAGCAGUGCAGCUCUCUGAUAGCCCUGCUCAAGGUGGACAAGGCAGACAGAGGCGCAGACUUUGAGCUGUGCGACCACAUCAUCUCCUUCCUGAAUGCAGCCCUCACCUCCCCAGAGGCCCAGGCCAACCUCCCCCUGCGCAAACGCUUCACCAAUGCCCUCCUUGACAAUGGGCUGCUGAAUGUGCUGGCGGACAUCUACAGCCUGCUGGACCCAUACAUGAAUGCCUCCAUAGACAUGCUGCGCGCCAACAUCAAGGAUGUCAUCGCUGCACCCAAGCCCGCGCCUGCGCCGCCUCCGGCCCCCGCCGCAGCGCCUGCCAAACGGCCGGCACCCCCGCCCCCACCCCCCAAAGGACAAGGGCUGCUGAAGGGCCCAGGACGAGCACCACCGCCGCCGCCAAAGGCCCGCGUGGUUGCCGGGCCGCAGCCGGGCAGGAAGAUGAAGUCCUUUUUCUGGGACAAGCUGCCCGACAGCAGAGUGGAGGGCACCUUCUGGGCAGCCCACCCGCCCGCCUACUCCUCCCUCAACCUCCCAGAGGUGGAGGAGCUGUUCCAGGCGGUGCAGCUGCAGAAGGCGAGUGUGAAGAAGUCGGCGGUGAAGCAGCUGGCCGUGCUGGAGCUCAAGCGCGCCACCGCCAUCGGCAUCCGCAUGGCCGGCCUCAAGGUGCACUGGAGCCUGACGGCGGAUGGUGUCAUGAGGUUGGACCGGCAGCUGCUAGCGAGCGCGGACGACGCGGCCGCCGUGCUGGCAUGUGUGCCCACCGCGGAGGAGCGCAGCAUGCUCGAAGCUUUCCUCCGGUCCGGCGGCCGCGCAGAUGCGCUGACCGACGCAGAGCGCCUCUGCCUGGACCUCAUGAAGGUGCCGCGCAUCCAGGAGCGGCUUGCGACGUUCGCGUCGAGUUUUGAGACGCGCGCGCAGCUGCAGGAAGCUGGCCGCGUGCUGGCGGCCCACCUGGCGGCUCACGCUGAGCUGGCGGGCAGCGGCUGCUUCCGAGCAGCGCUGACGGCCGCGCUGGCGCUGGGCAACUUCCUCAACCACGGCGGCCGCCUCGGCCAGGCCGCUGGCUUCCGCUUGAAGAAUUUACCGAAGCUACAGGACACACGCUCGCGCGACGGGAAGAUCACGCUGCUGCGCUACAUCGCAGCGCAGCUGUGUACAGCAGAGCCGCCGCACGCGCUGCUCUCCGACGAGGCACCCCAUGUCGUGUCUCCCGCACUGCAGACCUCCCUCUCGGAAGUGGCGGAGAUGCUGGAAAAGGCGGGAGCUGCGGCGGCUGCCAUGGCGCGCGAGACGGAGAGAACGCCCCCGAGCGCCAGGCUCUGCCUGCAUGUGGCCGGAACUGGGAAAGACGAGCGAGUGUCAGAGGUAUGGAGUAAUCUGGCGGAGGCAAAGAGAACGCUGCUGGAGGCCAGGGCCGGCUUCGGCAAGCUGGUGGCCUACUUUGGCGAGAACUCGGCCGCAUUCGCCACCGACGCCGAUUUCUGGCGGGACAUCACCGCAUUCGUGCACGUAUUCACGCGCUCCCAGCGUGAGAUUAUGCAGCAGCGACAGGAGCAGGAGCGGCGGCAGGCCAGGCAGCAGAAGCAGGGGGCGCGUCAGCCGCCAGCAAGGUGUGCCAAAGCAAAGCACAGCGUUGCACAGGCUGAUCACACAUCUUCCUCCGGCGUGCCUGCGCAGUCUGACGCAUCCAUUGCAGACAAUGCGGGACAGCAAGGACUGCCAGAAGCAGGGACCCUCCAGGCUGCUUCUAAAAUUGGUUAUCAGGAAGCAGUAGGCUGCAAAGCUGACCAUAAGGCAGCCAACUCUUCCUGCGGCAAUGGCAAAAUAUUAGCAGCAGGGGGCGCGGCCAGCGGAGGGAUACACUUGCAUGCAACAGCGGGACUGUACACACAUGAAGCCGCGAGGAGCUCUCCAGGCAAGGCUGCGAGGAGCAUGGAGGGCAAGAGCGCUAGCGGCAACCUGACAGACAGUGCAGAGGAUCUGGAAUACCUGUUAGGGCAGCUGGUCGGCCGAGCAGAAGGCCUGCAUGGCACUGCGGGCGCCCUGGCAACCUGA